CCGUCCUUCUUUCCGCGUAGGCUUUCCCCUGUCUGGACGGCCGCCCCCUAGCGGCGGGCGGUAGCGCUACACCCUGCUCGGCGGCUGCCUCGGGCCGGGAUAUCUAUGGGGCGAAACGAGAUGCAAUGAACCCGAGAGCGAGCGAGACAGCGACGAGCGCGGCGGACACGCACCGGAGCAGCUCCAUGGGGGAUCGGCCGCAGUAGGAGCGGCUCCCCCCGGGUACGAUCCGCCCCUGUCCCUCCCUCGGGCCUCUGGAGGAGGAUGGCGACAGCGGCCGCCCCGACCCAGCUGGAAGCCGAGCUCUACUACCUGAUCGCCCGGUUCCUGCAGUCCGGACCCUGCAGGAAAUCCGCCCAGGUGCUGGUGGAGGAGCUGGAGGCGCACCAGCUGAUCCCCCGCCGCCUGGACUGGCAGGGCAAGGAGCACCGGAGGAGCUUCGAGGAUCUGGUGGCAGCCAAUACACACAUCCCUCCAGACUAUCUUCUGAAAAUCUGUGAGAGAAUUGGACCCCUCUUAGACAAAGAGAUCCCACAGAGUGUUCUUGGAGUGCAGACUUUACUAGGUGUAGGACGGCAAUCUUUGCUAAGGGCAGCAAAAGACUGCAGGCAUACGCUAUGGAAGGGAUCUGCAUUUGCAGCUCUUCACAGAGGCCGACCUCCCGAACUACCUGUAAAUUAUGGGAAGCCACCAAAUGUGGUAAAUAUAAUUUCUGCCAAGCAAUUAACUGGAUAUGGACGCUUCAACCAUUUGUUCCCAUCAUCCAACUAUCAACAUAUGAAGAUGCACAAGAGGAUUCUGGGGCACUUAUCAUCUGUAUAUUGUGUAGCAUUUGACCGCAGUGGGAGACGAAUUUUCACAGGCUCAGAUGAUUGUUUGGUGAAAAUUUGGGCUACAGAUGAUGGUCGUCUGCUCUCAACGUUGCGAGGACACUCAGCUGAAAUUUCUGACAUGGCUGUUAACUAUGAAAACACAUUGCUGGCUGCAGGCAGCUGUGAUAAGGUAGUCAGAGUAUGGUGUCUUCGAACCUGUGCACCAGUUGCAGUGCUGCAGGGCCAUUCAGCUUCCAUUACGUCCAUACAGUUUUCUCCAGCAAGAAAAGGAAUAACCCGAUACCUCACUUCUACUGGUGCUGAUGGAGCAAUCUGUUUCUGGCAGUGGCAUGCCAAUACAAUUAAAUUUAAGGAUCGCCCUGUGAAAUUUGCUGAGAGAUCCAGGCCUGGGGUUCAGAUAUCUUGUUCAUCUUUCAGCUCUGGUGGCAUGUUCAUUGCAACAGGUAGCACUGACCAUGUGAUAAGAAUGUAUUAUUUGGGCUCGGAAUCGCCAGAGAAAAUUGCUGAGUUAGAGUCCCAUACGGACAAAGUAGUUGCAGUUCAGUUCUGUAACAAUGGUGACAGUUUAAGAUUUGUCAGUGGGAGCAGAGAUGGAACAGCAAGAAUAUGGCAAUACCAGCAGCAGGAAUGGAAGAGUAUAGUCCUGGAUAUGGCUACUAAAAUGACAGGUAACAACUUGGUAUCUGGGGAGGACAAAGUAACUAAAUUGAAGGUUACUAUGGUGGCUUGGGAUCGAUAUGAUACCACUGUCAUCACUGCGGUCAACAACUUCCUUUUGAAAGUAUGGAACUCGACCACGGGACAGCUUCUUCAUAGUUUAUCUGGCCAUGAUGAUGAAGUUUUUGUUUUGGAAGCACAUCCAUUUGACCAAAGGAUCAUGCUUUCUGCAGGUCAUGAUGGGAACAUUUUUGUUUGGGACCUUGAUAAAGGAACAAAAAUUCGCAAUUACUUUAACAUGAUUGAAGGCCAGGGCCAUGGUGCUGUUUUUGAUUGCAAAUUCUCGCCAGAUGGACAGCAUUUUGCCUGCACAGACUCACAUGGGCAUCUGCUAUUAUUUGGUUUUGGAUGCAAUAAAUAUUAUGAAAAGAUUCCAGAUCAGAUGUUCUUCCAUACGGAUUAUCGACCACUGAUCCGUGAUGCUAAUAACUAUGUGCUGGAUGAACAGACCCAACAGGCUCCACAUCUCAUGCCUCCCCCAUUCCUGGUGGAUGUGGAUGGAAAUCCACAUCCCACAAGAUACCAACGUCUUGUACCAGGACGUGAAAAUUGUAAGGAUGAACAACUUAUUCCUCAACUGGGAUAUGUGGCUAAUGGUGACGGUGAAGUGAUUGAACAGGUGAUUGGGCAGCAAACUAAUGACCAGGAUGAGAGUAUUCUGGAUGGAAUGAUUAGGGAGCUGCAGAGAGAACAAGAUCUGAGGCGAAUGAAUGACGGAGAAGCUAUCCCAAACCCUCCAUACAGUAGAUCACACUCUAUUAAUGGUGCUCUUAGAAGUCCAGGUUUGGACUCCCCACCAAACGUUGGUCUCAGACGUAGCGGUCAGAUUGAGGGGGUCCGGCAAAUGCAUCUCAAUGCUCCUCGCAGUCAGAUGGCCACAGAGAGAGAUCUCAUGGCCUGGAGCAGAAGAGUAGUGGUGAAUGAGCUGCAUCCAGGGGUUAGCAGGGUUCAGGAAGAAUGCCGAGCUGUCAAAGGUGAUAUGGAAGUUAAUCUUUACACUGUUGAAAAGAAGAGAAAACCAUCCCACACCUUGCAAAGGAGUGAUUAUCAACCUGGGAGUGGACGAUCUUUGAGAAGAAACCAACGCAAACGCCAGCAUGCCUACCAAACACGCUCCACCAUUGAACACAAUCAGCAGGGAGCAAGUCAAAAUGCACGUACAAAGGAAGAAUCUGAAAGCUCCUCUGAGGAAGAUGAAACAGUUGGCACAAGUGAUGCCUCUGUGGACGAUGCUGUAGCUGUGUGGCAAAGUGAAAGCAGUUCCAGUGAUUCUUCAAGCGAAUAUUCUGACUGGACAGCAGAUGCUGGAAUUAAUCUCCAGCCUCCAAAGAGACAAACCAGACAGGCAACUCGGAAGAUCUGUAGCAGCUCUGAAGAUGAAAACAUGAAGGAAGCUAAAGGGUUGGAAGAGAAACGAAGGAAACCCAAACAGACUAGAAAAAAGAAACAAAGUGGAUUACUUUCGAUGGAAGGUGAACCCAGUGAAGAAUGGUUUGCACCCCAGUGGAUCUUGGAUACCAUACCACGUCGUUCACCCUUUGUCCCACAAAUGGGAGACGAGAUUAUAUAUUUUAGGCAAGGCCAUGAGGCUUAUGUGCGGGCAGUAAGGAAGGCAAAAAUUUACAAUGUUAACAUGCAAAAACAACCAUGGAACAAAAUGGAACUCAGGGAACAAGAACUCGUGAAGACUGUAGGAAUUAAAUAUGAAGUCGGACCUCCUACACUCUGCUGCUUGAAGCUUGCAUUUCUAGAUCCAAUCUCAGGCAAAAUGACAGGAGACUCUUUUUCCAUUAAGUAUCAUGAUAUGCCAGAUGUUAUUGAUUUCCUUGUGCUGCAUCAGUUUUAUAAUGAAGCCAAAGAAAGGAACUGGCAGAUAGGGGAUAGGUUUCGCAGUAUAAUAGAUGAUGCUUGGUGGUUUGGAACGGUGGAGAGUCAGCAGCCUUUCCAGGCAGAAUAUCCUGAUAGUUCCUUCCAGUGCUACAGUGUUCACUGGGACAACAAUGAAAGAGAAAAGAUGAGUCCAUGGGACAUGGAACCAGUUCCAGAAGGAACUGCUUAUCCAGAUGAGGUUGGUGCUGGAGUUCCCGUGUCCCCAGAGGAACUGACAUCUCUGCUGUAUAAACCCCAAGAAGGAGAAUGGGGGGCCCAUUCCAGAGAUGAAGAAUGUGAACGAGUUAUUAGGGGCAUUGAUUAUCUUCUGACCCUUGAUAUUUCUAACCCCUUUGCUGUUCCAGUGGACCUUAGUGCCUAUCCCAUGUAUUGCACUGUAGUUGCUUACCCAACUGACCUCACCACAAUCAGGAGGAGACUUGAAAACAGAUUUUAUAGGAGAAUCUCAGCAUUGAUGUGGGAGGUUCGAUACAUCGAGCAUAAUGCUAGGACUUUCAAUGAGCCAGACAGUCCUAUAGUUAAAGCAGCCAAAAUUGUAACGGAUGUCUUACUUCGCUAUAUUGGGGAUCAGAGUUGUACUGAUAUAUUGGAUAUAUAUAAUAAAGUGAAAGCAGAAGAUCUAAGCAGUACUGAUGAAGAGGAGGAGGUGGCAGAAGUAGAUGUAGAGUCAGAUGGGCCUGGAACUUCAUCUGGGAAAAGAAGAGUAAGACGACCAAUAAAAAGGCAGCCCUUCAAAGCAAGCCCUGAUGCUUGGAAAGAACAGUGCAAGCAGUUGUUAAGCCUAAUAUAUGAACGUGAGGACUCCGAGCCUUUUAGACAGCCAGUUGAUCUCUUCUCCUAUCCUGACUAUCGAGAUAUUGUAGACACUCCAAUGGAUUUCAGCACUGUGAAAGAAACUUUGGAAGCAGGAAAUUACACCAAUCCUCUGGAAUUUUACAAGGAUGUUCGCUUAAUAUUCUGCAACUCUAAAGCUUACACACCUAAUAAAAAGUCACGGAUCUAUAGCAUGACGCUUAGACUAUCUGCCUUAUUUGAAAAUCAUAUUAAAACCAUCAUCUCUGAAUACAAGUUGGCCAUGCAGUGUCAGAAGAGGAAUAGGCCACGAUACCGAAAACGACUAAGGAGCAGUAGUAGUUCACCAUCUAGUAGCAGAGCAUCCAGCCCUAAAGGGAAACAGAAACAAGUGAAGGUGCAACCUAAAAUCAACCAGAAUACCUCACUGCCUUUGACUAGGACUAGCUCUUCAGUUUCAUCUCAUGUUUCAGAUACUACAGAGGAGGCUCUAGGUUCAGCCAUUGGUGAAGAAACGGAGGGCCAACCAUCCUCAUCUGGGUUAAAUACACAGAACCGAAGUGGAAAUAACAUUGAUCCAGGGAAAAAUAGACUAGUCAGGAGUAAAUCCACACCCAUUAAACAAGAUCAGUCUCUUGAUGGACCACUUACAAAUGGUGAUAGCAGAGAGCCUCGGAUAGCAGUCAAGAGAAAGUUAGUAAGUGCCUCAGAAGAGGAGGAACACCUAGAGGAAGAGGAGAAGAAGAGAGAAUUAAAAGAAAAACCUGGUUUAUCUUCAUCAGAAAGUGGGGAGUCAGGAUCCAGUUCAAGCUCUGAAAGCAGAUGUGGCUCUGAUUCAGAUUCUGAAUCGACCUCUAGAACAGAUCAGGAUUACAUUGAUGGCGAUCAUGACUACAGUAAAGUUGUGCAAACUAAACCCAAAAGAAAAAUUAAAAGGAAAAUUGCUAGUGGGAAAAGAAACUGGCAGGGUAGAGGGACAGGGAGGAGAGGUAGAUGGGGCAGAUGGGGUAGAUGGAGCAGAGGGGGAAGAGGUGGCAGAGGAGGAAGAGGAGGCUGCGGCAGAGGAAGAAGAGGAGGCAGGGGAGGAAGAAGAGGCAGAGGAGGUAGAGGAGCUUCACGAGGAGCAACCAGAGCCAAACGUGCACGAAUGGCAGAUGAUGAAUUUGAGAAUCUGUUUGGCGGCCGAUUUGGCGAAAAUAUGUUUGGAGGACGAUUCAGUAGGCCACCACGAAUUAAAACAAGGAACGAGGGCAGGAGAACUGUUUUAUAUAAUGACGAUUCAGAUAACGACAACUUUGUGCACACCGAGGAUCCUCUGAAUCUUGGUACUUCCAGAUCGGGCAGGGUGCGGAAAAUGACAGAAAAAGCCAGGGUCAGCCAUCUCAUGGGAUGGAAUUAUUGACAGAUAAACAUCUUUGAAAAAUUUCAGAUGAACUUCAAAGGCCUUCUACUGCAGGGAUUUUACCAGAAAAUCUACCAAGCAAGUUGUGGGGGGACUCCACUCACUUUCUACAGUGGUGCUUUUCCAUUAUGCCAGUAUACAUUUGUUUUAAGACUUCAGAUUGCCACACUUCAUUGGUCAAAAAAAGCCUUACUUAUUAGGCCUUAAAUUACAGAAAUUCUUCCCCACGCACUACAAGUUCAUUUUGUUUCAAGGAGCUUCCAGCUUCUCAAUAAUAGCAUGACAUUUUGAAUCAUGAUUAUGAAAUCUCUCCCUUGUUUUGUUUUUUUGUAUUAUAGAAAUAGCACCUUCUUACAGAGUUUUUAUAUGGUUUGUCAUAAAUCCUUAUACACAGUAAUAAUUAUAACUUUUGCACAAUACACCAAUCCUAAAGGCAGCUAUAAAAUGUUUACCAUUUCUAUAUUGUAAGAAGGAUCUGGAUUAUUUUAAUCUUCCCAGGCCAAACUUCAUGAAUUGUGCUGAAUUGAAGUAUAUUUAUACUACAGUUUAGGAGGGUUUGAAAUGCUUUCUGUUGGUUCGUAAUUCAUGUAAAAAGUGAGAAAAGGGUUGGUGCCUUGUAAAUAUGUAGCAAACCUUUGAUGUGGUGUGUCCUAAUGUGUGCAUUAACUUUAUUAAAAAGAGAAUACUUGAGAAGUAUGAAUAUCUAGACAGAAGGUGCCAAAUGCAAAAGUUACUUGCAUCUAUUUUCUUUUUGUCCUCUCAUAUUUUUAUAGCAUUAAUAGAGAUUGUGCUGCAAAGGGUUAAUUUCAACAUUUGAAAGGUUUCUCCUCUUCAAAGCAUUACAUGUCUUAAUAGUAGCUCAGCUACCUCUGUUUACAACUACUGGAAACUUAAAAGAAAAUAGAGGUUAUUCUGCAGUGCUUAUUGAAGAAGAGGCAAGAAUGAGAAUAGCAGAGAUGGAAUUGCUCACAUUGUGAAGUAACCAUUUCUUCAUCAUAUUGGUACUCUGAAACAAACCUUAGUGUAGCUAUCAAAGCUUUCACAAGCCUAAUAUGCUUUUAGCAGAUGGUAAUUUGUUGGGCAAACAGCCAGUGGGCUCUCACACAUUUCUGGUAUCGCUUAUUCAAUGAAAGUCUGUUUAUGUUUUUAAUUUGAUUAUUGAAACGUUCAAAGAAACCUAAAUUGAGCUAUCGUGUCUCUACUGGCUACUCAUAUUUUUGUAUCAUUACUGAUAAGUUUCCAUUCAUAUCAUUGACAAGAGUCCUUGUAGCUCAAGCUUCCAGAAGAGAAUUCACACUGUACUGUACUCUUACCUUGUAAAUGUUGCAUUGAAAAAUAAUAACUUGCACACUGAGGUCAUUCUAGCAGUAAUAAUACAGUAUGCAAUGCUAUGAGGGAAAUGUAGGGUUAGGAGAUUACUCUGUAUCUUGCUCUUCAGACUGAAUGACUGGCUGUGUUUAAUUAAUUGGAACAUGCUUGUUCUUGUGGCAUGAGAAGGAGAGUUGCAGCCUUCUACUUUGUAGGGUCCAGUUAAAAGAUUUGUGGGACUCUGUCAUGUUAGACCAAGAAAGAGACAUCUAGCUGACAUCUCUAGCUGAGUUGAGAUAGUGAGUCAUUGAUUACACAUGGAGAAAAAGGGAUGAGAGAGGAGGUUUGGAAAUCGAAAUAAAUGAGGGAUACAAUUCUGAAAUUUCUUCCUCAAUGUGCAACUUUUAUCACUUUGUCAGUAAUUCUGGAAAACCUGGUGGGAAGGAGGAAUAGUGAAGUGUAUAUUUUCAUACAUAAAUAGAUUUGGUUCUGGCCUUUUUUCUAUGACAAACAUUAGCAGGCUGAUCUCUCUUUGCAACAGUUCUAGUCAGGUGCAAGAUAACUGGAACAAAUGCUGUGAGAGUCGUCGGGCUUGGGAGUGGGGAGAAGAAAGCAGUCUAAGUAGUACAUGGUAAUGAUCUGAAUUUAUGGUACAGUAAAAAUCUCUAAAACUUUUUGUUACAGUUGUUGUCCUGAUUAUGCCAAAACUAAUUUCUGGGCAUGACUCAGAUGGUCCAUUUAACAAAGAAAUGGAUACAGAGGAUCUCCUAGCUCUGUAUUGGGCUUUAAAAUACAAAUGCCUGUCCUAUCAUCUCUUACAAUAUGUAUUCAGAAGAAAAUGUAUUCUUCCCUAGAGUUAUUGGUCCCUAUAUCUAUGUAAUCCGGAAAAGCAUGGAUAUGUCAGUUCCUAGACAUAAUCGUAUACUUUUUAGAUCAAAGUUCUUUCCAACCAAUAUAAAUGCUAAGAUUCCUAUGCUAAAAUCCUGAGAUUCUGAAGAAAUGCUAUUCAUAUGUUUCUGGCUGGCUGAAGCUGUAAUUAUUAAUUUAUUUGGGGGUGGGAGGGAGGAAAAACAUGGAUUCCUGAAAAAAUCAUGAUUUCCUAAGUUUAAAUGUAUUUUAUCAACAAUUAGAAUAAGAGUAAAUAUGUUCUUAAAUGUAUCUUUUAUAUGUAAUGAAGUACUGUGAAGAUAACAGUAAAACAGCACUUUGCUGUGGUGUAAGUAUUAAUCUAAAAUGUGUUAUGUGAUUAAGAGCCAGACAGCAGGGUGUGCUAGAACAACAGAGCUAUUGCUUAUUGUAAAGAAUCUGAGAAUUUUUUUAAUUUUAUUUUACUUUGUGCAUGAAAUCCUUUUUAUAAGCAUGAAAGAAAUAACUUAUAUUUUUGAAUGCUAUUUUUACUUGAUUUCGUAUCUGGAUUUUUUUUUUUCCAAUUUAGAUAUUUGAUUUCUCUCUCAGCCUCAUUCUGUGGAUGAAUUCUAACUUGGUGAUAAGUUGGACGCUUUUUUUCUUUUUUCUUUUUUUUUUCUCAGAUGUUAAAUUCAGUUAGAAGCCACGUACUUAAAGCUGCAUGACACUUGAUUUUUACCCUGACAGCUGCAGCAGGAGCAAUGAAACAAGAAUAGCCCUUGCACCAAAAGGGUUGCAACCCAGUUCUUCAGACCCCAAUCCAAAACUUCUGUGCCCAUGUAAUGCCUCUUUGAAAUCAAUGGGGUUCCAUGCAGGCACAGAGCUCUGUCCACCCCGAGUUCAUUGCAGAAUCAUCAGCAUUGUCUUUAUUCAUACAGUUUUAACCAAAAGGAACUUCUGUUUGGGUCUACUCUUUAACACUUGUGUAUGAAGGUGUUUUGAUCAUAUAUUUAAAAUACUAAUGGUUAACAAAAUCCCUAGUUGGGCUGUAGAUUGCUGAUAUUUAGUUAAUAUUCAAGUACCAGUGCUUCAAGGCUUUCUCCAGAAAUGGGAUGAAUGUUUAUGGAAGUUUUGGAUGGUCUGACUCCCUAGUGUCAACAGUUCGAGGGCAUCCCAUUACCAGCCUUAGGAAACAGGACUGCAAAUAGAGCCACCAGCCAGCAGUUACAUGUGAUUUGUGGGUGUUGGAGGGCUCCUUUGGCCCCCACCACCCACACACUUUCAAGAGGAGGGGGCUGAACGUUUGUGUGUGUGUUUUUGAAUACCAGCUUACUACUACCUCUGGAGCACGCCCAACUCCUGCAGGCCCAGGGCACACAGGCCCAAGCUUGGUCCUGAACACUGAUCUCUGUCACUAGGCCUUCACCCCAGUCCCAGACUUCCAUUUUGCCUCCCCUUAUUUUGCGUGUCUCUGCUCCGUCCCUUCCUGGGUUUUUUCGCUUUGUUCCAUCCCUUUUGCCUUCCGUUCUUUGUUUCUCUGUCCUCUCCUAAGAGCCUGCCUGUGCUGCUGCUCCUGCACUCCGUAGUAUUCCCCCCAUUUGUGUCAGCAGGAUCAGCUGAAACUUAAACUCUGAUGCUCUUGCUGGGCCAUUAGGAAUACAUUAGGUUCUUUCUCAUCUGUCCACCUAAAGUCACUUGUCUGUAAAUUCAAGUCAAGCUUUUUUUCUUGCCAUAUUUUGCUUAUUAACAAACCUUCCAAAAGUGUUAGUAGUAAAUGAAUAGAAAUGUAGAAAGUUGUUGGGCCUGAUUCUCCAUUGUCUUGCACUUUAGGUCUUCAUUUACACUAGCGUAAACACUCAACUCAGAGCAAGUACUGUUUGCACUCACUCUGAGGUAAAGGUACAGGCCAGUUCUGACUAUUUGAAUUAAAAAUUUAGGUCUCACCUGACCUCCCGAAUAAAUUGUUAUCACAUUUUCUUUAUCUGGACGUGAGUUAAUGUAACACCUGUAAAGCUCAUAUGUUUCCUUUCCAGUGUCUGAGAACGUGGGAUUAGCAUACAAUUUUACCUGCAUUUUGGAAUAUUCAGUUACAACUCAGCAUCACAAACACCAAUCAGCAUGGUAUAUUUUGAAGGUUUUGGAUAUCUGUCUGUUUAGUUUGGGGGGGGGGAGGGGUAGAGGGAGAGUUUUUGAAUAUUAAAAUCUUUUAUGGUACAUGAAGCAUUCUGAAAUGCUGAAAAUAGCUGAAUAGUAUUAGUCAAUUACUAAAAAGUGUUUUCUCCAUUGCCUUUAGUGUAUGUGGUUUUUUUGAAAAGGGAGUAAAUCUUGGGUUUUCAUGAGAUCUUUCAGUUGGAAGCAACCUAUACUACUUUAUUCAGGUUCUUACACAGCAUGCAUCACUGUAGUAUCUGAUUUAAGUUUCUCACUCCCUUUUUUUCGUUUUGUGUCCGUGUCAAGAGGAUUCAUGUUUUUUUAGCUGUUAUACUUACAGAGUAUGAGGUGUACUCAAGCUUCCCAAUGAAGUUUCCCUCUUCCGUCUCAAUAUCACAUCCUUUCUGGUGUCAUACUUAUCCCCACUUGUACUCUUUUUAACAAAAAAACCCAAACCCUACAAAAUGACUCAUAGCUAUAGUCUGUGCAAGCUUGAGCCCUACAAUAGCAAGGUCUUGCUAGGACAAAAGUGAAGUGUAUUAACUGAACUGUGAGGGGAAGUUAACUCAGACCUAUGUGUAUCUAUAUCUGCUUCAAGUCUGCAAUAAUCCCUCACUUUCAAACCUACUAACUGCACAAACUGCAAAGCAAAGAUAAAAAAGGAGAGACACGAUGGUAUGUUUUCUUUAAAAAGAGAAGUAUUAGAGGAGUAAUUCACCUGAAAAAUGAGCCACGUAGGAAAAUUAUUUGGCGUAUUUAUAAUACAAGACUUGUGAUAUGUAAAAGUAAGAGGAGGCAAAAAUAUUUACAGUUAGGAAACCAACUUGUGGGUGAUUUCAGUUUAAGUUCUUUAUACUGUUUGUGUUAAUCAACUUCCCUUAUGAUUAAAAAAUAAAUGUAGACCUGGCUGUUUCUACUGCACAUAAAUAUGAAAACUGUAUAGUAUAGAAAUACUGAAGAGAAUUGAAGUCAGGUCUGUGGUGGGUAAAAUAUCCAUGUACAGUAAUUAAAAAUUUAGGAAAGACCAAUUAAAAUGUAUUGCUUCUGACAAUGUUUUUGAGGAGCUGACUACUAAAACUGAGAUGAAUCUUGGCAAAUAUUUGAAAAUAUGGCUCCCAGAUGUCUAUAGAAUGUGUCUGAUGAACAUUCCAAAUCAUGCAGUAUUAAAAUGAGAAAAUGCAUUUAAUAACUAACUCAAGACUAAUAAUUCACCCUUAACCUGUGCAGAUGAUGACAGAGUAAACAAACCAGUUUUAGGUUAAGGAUAUUAUCAGCCUUAACUUAGUGUGUCUUACUAUUGUUGGUCUGUAUCACAACUUUAAUGUUUUUAAAAUGUAUUUUUGUGUUUACAUUUCUUGGUGUGUUUUUUUUUU